AAUACCAAAGCCAGCGGUGAAGAGAAACCAGUAGUACGUCGGCGGUCGAAGAGUGAAGUCACGCUCUGUUGUCGCUCUGAUACUGAGAGUUCGCGAACAAAGAUACAGUAUUACAAAAAUGUUCGAAAAGUUUUUGUCAAAUAAUUCGCGAAUUUUUGAGUGGAACGUGUUAUAACUAUUCUGAAAUGAAUUAAGUGUAGUGAUUAAAAACUUUACCGCCGCUAUGUAUCCGCAGCUGUUGAGUGUAGUUUUCCUUGCCUCCACUUUCUCGGCAAUGCGUUUCGACGGCCCUGAGCAGUGCUCUUGGCUGCCGGACAACACCGACACCUCCUCGUCAAAGUUGGCUGUUUAUUGCAGAAUUAUAACUUUAGAAGAAUCUGCGAAUAUUUCCUCAUUACCAGCGGAAGUGACUUCCAGGUUACGAAUCAACUGCAGUGAAGUGACGUUCUUCGAGAGUGUGCUCCCGUCCAAGGCAUUACAUCGACUGCACGAGCUGGAAGAGUUACAGAUAAGUAACUGCAAGCUUCUGUCGAUUCCCUCAAAUUCCUUCGAGGGCUUGUACAAUGUGAAAAAACUCUCAAUCAACACAUUCAAUAAUAAUUGGAGCGCCACUAAAAGUCUCGACUUGGCGCGGUAUAGCUUGCAAGGGCUCAAAGAGUUGCAAAUCUUGGACCUUGGCUACAACAACAUCAGAAGCAUGCCUGAUGGAGUUUUCUGCUCCUUGACGAAUCUUCAGACGCUGAACUUGACGAGAAAUAGGAUCAAGAGUACCGAACGAAUAGGCAUUAAUGUCCCGUCUUGUAGUAACAGUGACUUACAGAACUUGGACUUGUCGUACAAUACCUUGAAGUCGUUGUCUGAAGAAUCGGGGCUGUCGCGGUUCAGGAGGCUGCAAAAUAUAAACCUGAUGUACAACAACAUAAGCGAUAUAUCUGGCGAAGCUUUGGCAGGGCUUGAUUCUCUUAAAAUACUCAACUUGGCGAACAACAGGAUCGGUAUGUUGCCCCAAGGAUUAUUUGCUGGCACGCCGGAGCUCAAGGAAAUCCACUUACAAAACAACUCUCUGUUUUCUCUGGCCAAGGGAUUAUUCCACCGACUGGAACAAUUGCUAGUUUUGGACUUAUCCGGAAAUCAGCUUACAAGUAGCCAUGUAGACGCGGGUACUUUUGUUGGAUUAAUUCGCUUGAUUGUUCUGAAUAUAUCGCACAAUGCUAUCACGAGGGUAGAUGGUAGAACGUUCAAAGAUUUGUUUUUCCUGCAAAUCCUCGAUUUGAGAAAUAAUUCUAUUGGAUUCAUCGAAGACAAUGCGUUUUUGCCCCUCUACAAUUUGCACACCCUCAAUUUGGCUGAAAACAGACUAAACACUAUUGGAUUACAGUUGUUCAAUGGACUUUUUGUACUAAGCAAACUUACUCUCAAUAACAAUCUCAUAGUGAGCAUAGAUUCCGGCGCUUUUCGCAAUUGUUCAGCACUGAAAGAACUAGAUCUGAGUUCAAAUGCUCUUUCAGAAGUGCCAGAUGCGAUUCAAGAGUUAUCGUUCCUGAAAACUCUAGACCUGGGAGAAAAUCAAAUUUCCGACUUCAAGAAUGGCUCAUUCAAAAACUUAAAUCAACUCACUGGGCUACGACUCAUCGAUAAUAAUAUCGGAAAUAUAUCACGAGGUAUGCUGUGGGACUUGCCGAAUCUUCAAGUAUUAAACCUGGCAAAAAACAAAAUACAAAACAUAGAAAGGGGCUCGUUCGAGCGUAACACACAAAUUGAGGCGAUCCGGCUGGACGAAAAUUUUUUAACAGACGUUAACGGAAUUUUCGCCACGAUAGCCAGUUUGUUGUGGUUGAACUUAUCAGAAAAUCACCUCGUUUGGUUCGACUAUGCUUUUAUACCGAGCAAUCUGAAGUGGUUGGAUAUUCAUGGAAAUUUCAUCGAACAUCUUGCGAACUACUAUAAAAUCCAAGACGAAAUCAGGGUAAAAACUUUAGAUGCCAGCCAUAAUCGUAUCCUGGAAAUAUCCGCAAUGUCCAUACCGAAUAGCGUCGAACUCGUUUUCAUUAACAAUAACUUCAUAAGAUCCGUACAGCCAAAUACGUUUCUCGACAAAACUAACCUAGUUCGAGUUGAUAUGUACGCUAAUGAUUUGAACAAUCUGGAUUUGAACUCGCUGCGAGUUUUUCCUGUGCCUAUGAACCGAUCUUUGCCUGAAGUCUACUUGGGUGGCAACCCCUUUCACUGUGAUUGCACCAUGGAAUGGCUCCAAGUCGUCAACAACAUGUCAGCCUCUCGCCAGUACCCUAGAGUGAUGGAUCUAGAAAAUAUCGUUUGUAAAAUGACUCACUCCAGAGGAAUGACAUACAUGCCUCUUAAUCAAGCCAAGCCCAGCGACUUCCUUUGCCCUUACGAAACGCACUGUUUUGCACUGUGUCAUUGCUGCGACUUCGAUGCGUGCGAUUGUGAGAUGACCUGUCCUAAUAAUUGCUCAUGUUAUCACGAUCAAACCUGGAAUACCAAUGUUGUCGAUUGUUCCAAUCAAAAUGCAGACGAAAUUCCACAAAAAGUGCCAAUGGAUGCAACAGAGGUCUACUUGGACGGUAACGACAUCACCGAGCUACAAAACCACGUCUUCAUCGGCCGGAAAAACAUGAGGGUAUUGUACGUCAACAACAGUGGGGUGGAAACCAUUCAAAACAGCACUUUCAACGGUUUGAACGCGUUGAAAUCCCUGCACCUAGAGGACAACAAAAUAAGAGAACUGAAAGGCUACGAGUUUGAGAAUCUUUUCAACCUCAAAGAGCUCUUUUUGCAUAAUAAUCUCAUUUCGAGUAUUGGUAACAAUACUCUGACAGCUCUCACUUCGCUCGAGAUACUCCGGUUGGAUGGCAAUAAAUUAGUUUCAUUUCCAGUGUGGCAGCUUUCCGCAAACACCCGGUUAUCGCUGAUCAAACUGGGCAACAACAAGUGGUCUUGUCGCUGCAAAUUUCUGCAAGGCCUCACAUCGUGGGUAGCUGAAAACGCUGUGAAAGUAGUGGACACCGACGACAUGAUGUGUUACAACCCGGAAACCGAUCCUCCUCAGCGUCGCAAACUCGAUUUGAACACUACGAUAUGCAGUGACUUCUCGGCCGGCAGUUCGGUGCUAGACAGUAUGCUCGUGUCGGAUUAUUGGCCCAUGGUUGUUGUGACGUUAUGCAUCGUUAUACUUAUCCUGCUCGUCAUAGUGCUCUGGUUCGUUUUCAGAGACCCCGUGAAAGUGUGGCUGUACUCGCAGUACGGAGUGAGACUGUGCAGUUUCCGUGCAACCGCCGCGAAACAGUUCGAAGACAAAGACAAACUCUACGACGGUUUCGUGUGCUACAGCCCCAAAGACGAAGAGUGGGUGGUGCAAGCCCUUGCCGUCGAACUUGAACCGAAGUUUCAGCUGUGUUUGCACUACAGGGACUUACCACAUACCGCCUACAUCCAACAUGCUGCUCCGGCAGUUCUAGAAGCUGCUGAAGCCAGCAGACGAGUGAUACUAGUCUUAACAAGAAAUUUCCUACAGACCGAGUGGUCCAGGUUCGAACUCCGACAAGCCCUGCACGAAGCCCUCAAAGGUCGGGUGUUCAAACUGGUGAUACUGGAAGAAGGGCCGCUCCCUGAGGCUGAGCUCGAUCCAGAGCUCAGGUUGUACCUCAAAACUGCAGAGAGGGUGCGAUGGGGCGAGAGGCGAUUCUGGGAGAAGCUGAAGUACGCCAUGCCUUCAGUGGAACCCAGAGGAAAAAUCAACGCCAAUUACCGGAGGAACAUCAACAAUUACACCAUCGAAUCCAGGGUGGUGGUGAAUAACACGCACCACACCCAUCAUCCGUACCAGGAUAAAAGUCAUCCCCAAGGGUCUCCAAAUCCAGGUAUGCAAAUGUUGCCCCCAGCAUACUCUUCCGGAGUCCCCCAAGAGGCCGACGAUGCAAAUUACUCGUCGGCGACGACAGCCACGCCUUCUCCUAGGCCCUCGAGAAGGGCCCAAGAGCCAAGGCCGAUUUCAGACCAUAUUUAUUCUAGUAUUGAUUCUGACUACAGCACCCUCGAAAGGGGUGGUUCAGGGAGAAGAGGUCCCCCAUGGCGGCACCAACACGUCAUGAUGCAGGGGAUAAAUAAUGGAGGGCAAGCGUAUCUUGUGUGAUAUUUCAAUACGACUGACUAGGUAUAUUAUUGAAAGAAGACUUAAUAUUGAUGUUUCAGAAUCGAUGUGUACUUGUAUUAAUAAUUGAUUUGUAUAAUUUUUGUACAUUACUGUAUAUAGAUAUAUUUAUUUUGUUUUCAAUUUUUUGUAUAAUUAUGUGCAUAUUUUUUACAAACUGCAAGAAACGAAUUAUUAUAUGUAAUAAAUAUGUGAAAUUCUA